AUGAGGUAUCCACGGAAGCAGAGGGGACAAGAGGGGAUGGUGCAGACAGGCGAGGAGGAGGAGGAGGAGGAGGAGGAGGAGGAGGAGGAGGAGCAACAAGAACGAGGGAAGAAGAAGAAGCCGCCUCUCGUCUGGUCUAUGCACGCACACCACCCACACACCCCAUGGACAAGGCUCACGCCCACCACACACCCAAGUCGAGGUCUCCAGCAACCACCCUCCUCCCCACCACGCCCCCUUUCCGCUCGACGCACCCCUGACCCCUGCCGCAAGGUCGGCGUACGGUACGGUACCGCCUCUCACUCUGGCGUUGCUGCUGCCGCUGCCGUUUGCUCGCUCUCGUCGCUUUUGCUUGUUGCUCUGCCCUACGACCUCCGCCCCCUGGGCGUUUGGUCCCCUGUCAUCUUUGGGGGUUCACCAUCUGGAGGAGACUGA